CUUCACAGAAGAAUCCCACCUCUCCCUCUUACUCUUGUUAGCCCAAAAACCUAUGAAUAAUACUCAUUAAUUUGCAGUUAAAUGUUCAGCUUCAACUUGGCAAAGAAGCUCCUGCCUGCUAAGAUGGCAUGGAAGAGCUUCACCAACACACUCCAUUUGAAACUAAACGAGGGCAAGAUCUCCCAAGCCAUCACAAAAACAAGAAGGCAAGUUGUUGCUUCGCUUCCCAUCGGCGACCACCCUCUUCUUCCCCGGAAACUACGUGCCCUGACCCAUCUUUUUUCCACUUGCCGCCACCAUAUUCAUGACCACCACCACCACCACCACCAAAUUCAAAAUAGUUGUGAUGCCAUAUUUGUGGAUGACCUCUUUCCCCAUCCCCCUUCCUGGCAAGCCAGCAAGGCCAAUGUGAUGGCUGCAUCAAGUGGUAGUGGCAAUAUGCCAUCAAGGGGUAGUGGCAACGGCAAUAUGCCAUCAAGGGGUAGUGGCAAUAUGGCCAAUGCUAAGGCACAAGAAGUUGCUAAACCGGGUGUCAAGGUGUUUGAUGUUGAAAAGGCUUCGCCAAGCAACAGAAACUCAGUUGAAACUAAUACAAGUGAUGAUCAUGUUGCUGAGGAAUGGGAGGUCACUUCGCUACCACAAACUCGAGGAAUCGACGGGAGAGCCGAGGAAUUCAUUUCUAAUUUCUACCGAGAGUUGAAACUGGAGAGGGAACUUGAGAGGGUGCAAUAUAUGCUUGAUUUUGAGGAUAUGUUGGCACGCGGUGCUUAGCAAUUCUAAGUUUUGUGGUUUGUUUAUGCAAUAUUUUUCUCAUGUGUUUCACCGUAUUAUCGCUCUGCCAAAGAAUCGUUAUGUCUAGCUCGCGUCUUGCUCUUUAUCCCAUGUUGCAUUUUCAUGACUUCAAUACCAAGAAUUCAUCACUUUUCUUAAGAGCUAUCAUUGGUAUUGAUGGUGGUAAAAAAUCGAGAGGCAUGAGGUGGAGAACCGGAUGAGCUCUUGGUGGAUGUGUCAUGUGUGUGUAAAAAUGAAUGAGAUCAAUACACCAAAAAAUAAGUGGUUCACCAGCUGAAAAGCUUGGUUAAUCCACUGUAAUGAAGCUCUUGCUCCUUAAUUGUAUAUUUCUUUCUUGGAG